GUGGUGUUUUGACUCCGUCAGUCAGAUAGAAAAUGAGUGAAGAGAAAGAAACAUUUGUUCCUGAGAAGUCCAAGUUUGAUGAGGAUCGUCAGAGUGAUGAUGAAUUGACGACCAGAAAAGACGGUUCUUCUGAGGAAGAAAUUGCCAUUCUUGAAACGGAAAAGGAUUUUCAAUCCGAGAAGAAAUCUCUUUUAGUCAGAUAUGCUACGUUUAUCGUGGAUCAUCCUUACGUUUUUUUUGUCGUCAUUGCAGUAAUUCUUCCGAUCUUUGCAAUUUUCAGUUUCGUUCCACAAUUGGGUGCCAAGCCUCUACCCGACUUAACCGAUCCUUUCUUUGGUUUCGAAGUUCGUGGUACGGAGAUAAGUGAUCGCUGGCGCAGUCAGGCAAAUCUUAUCAACAGUGAGAAGGAAGGAGAAGUUUCACGUUUUCCCGCAAUCUGCGGCAUAAAGAAUCCAAUGAAAGGAAGAGAAAUCGAUGACGUACCCGCUGUAUGCACAAAGGAACAGACAACCAGUCAGGGUCGACUCAUCGUUAAACUUGUGUUUACCACUACGAAUGGCGAGAGUUUGUUAUCAGCUGACAAUUUAAAGUCAAUAUGUCAUCUUGAACAUAAAGCCAUACGCACUUACAAAGGUUUUAAUGAUCUUUGUCAUAAGGUUAAUGGAACGCGCCAUUGUUGUCCAAGUUGGUCUGUUGGUCAUUACGUUGCCAUUUUAACAAAUGUUGCUUCAUGCUCUGACAUUCAAGACCACCAAGUAGAUGAAGUAGCUACUUUGCUUAAAAACUGUUCCACAUAUUACCGCAAAGAAAAACUUAAACCAGAUUGUUGGAACUUUGAGACGAAUCAAGUUGACAUGAAAAAAUGUAAAUCUGUCCCUGAAAAUUGCAGCAAGUAUAAUGCUGUAUAUAACAUACUUCAUUACUUGACUGACAAAGGCUUUUUGUCUAACACCCAAAAUCUUUUUCUGCGAUACAGUUUGGUGAUUGUUCCCAUGGCCGAAAAUAAAAAAUUUCAAAAAAAUGUUUAUAAGUCGAACUUGAAAGAUAAAGAAAUGACAGAUGGAAAUGUGAAAUUGACUAGCUACGAGUUGAGUCAACUAAAAAUGCAGAUUUUCGUUGAAGUUGGUCUCAUUCAGUUGUAUCUUCCCUCUAUCGCAAUGAAUCUUAUUAUGGUCAUUCUUUGGCUUUAUACACAUUCUCUCAUACUGACUGUUCUUAUUGGAAUGAUUAUGCAGUGUAGUUUACUCAUAGCAUACUUCAUUUAUACCAUUGUCCUUGAUCUGGAUUAUUUUCCAAAUUUGAAUAUCUUCACAUUCGUUCUCAUGGUCGGUAUUGCCGCUGACAACGCGUUUCUCUACGUUGAUCUUUGGAGUGAAGCCAAAGAUAAACUGAAGCAAGAAACAGGUAGAGAUGUGCCCUCCACAGAUAAAGAUUUGACACGUAAAGAUCUCGUUAAUCUUACAGUAACCACGUUGAAACACGCAGCUGCUUCAAUGUUUGUUACAAAUUUUACAACAGCAGCUGCAUUCUUUACGGGGCUAACGUCUGUAAUCACACCUAUUCGUCUGUUUGCAAUCUACGCUGGAACUUCAAUGAUAUGCAUGCUUCUUUUAAUGCUCACGUGGUACCCAGCCGCCGUCAUUAUAGUGCAUUCUAAACCACGUAAACGUGGUCUCCCUGAUAAGUUAUGUGACCAUUUAAAUACCAUCUUUAAACGAUGUUGCGAUAUAAAUGCAAUCGUUGCCAAACUCGUAUUGUGGCAUCACAAUUUUCACAAAAAAAUCUUGCCUAAUCUUGUCAUCAGACUUCGAUAUUUUUGGGUUUUUUUCCUCUCUCUUGUUGCUGUGGGAGGAUUCAUCGUUACGUUUGUGGAGCCUAAACUCAAACCACCUUCAUCGCCAGUGUUUCAAAUGUUUCAAAAGUCUCAUGAGCUUGAGAAAUACCCGUUUAAAAUACGCAACUACUUUCAUUUUGAGUCAACCAAACGUGCAGGCUUUCCCAUUAGUCUCAUCUGGGGUACAAAACCAAUCGACAAAGGUGACAAGUUGAAUCCUGUAAGCUUUGGCCCGAUCACGUGGGAUGGUGAUUUUGACCUAGCCAAAAAAGAAAGUCAGGAAUGGAUCAGAGGGUUUAUAUCACGAUUGAAAAAGCAGCCGUAUGUGUUGGAUUUUGGCAAGAAAUCUUUUUUGGAAGAAUUCUUUGACGACAUGGAGACAGCUAAUUGCACUAAAGAAAAUCGGUUAUGUUGCGAGAAUACGAAAUUUCCUUACAAUUCUACUGUCUUUAAUAAAUGCCUGUUGCAAAGACACUGUAAGAAACUUAAAGAUGUAAAAUUGGGAAGUGGCUUCAUGUCGGAAGGUUCUCCACUAUAUGAUUCUGAAGAAAAUGUCAAAGCGAUGACUUUAAAUUUUGUAAGUAACGUCGGGUUCACCACUUCGUUCGAUCCAGCUAAAAAAUUUUGGGACACUUCAAGAUCAUGGAUUGAUAACGAACUCCAUCAAAGUCCUCCUUCUUCUCGGGGAUGGUACAUUAGUACAUUAGAGUUCUACGAUUUGCAGAGAAGUUUAUCCAACGGUAUUUUUGUAUCGAUGAGUAUCUCACUUGGUGUAUCUUUUGCAGUUAUGUUGAUUACCACUGGGAAUUUGUUCAUAAGUGUGUUUGCAUUUAUUACCAUCCUGUUUAUCUUGGCAGUAACUACUGGCUCACUGGUUUUAGUUGGUUGGGAAUUGAGUAUCUUGGAAUCGCUCACAUUAUCCUGUUCCGUUGGAUUGGCGGUGGAUUUUGCGCUACAUUACGGGGUAGCUUUUGUACUUGCCGAAAAUAAGUCAAACAGGAAAGAUAGAGUGUUCUUUUCCAUCACUGAAAUGAGCUCAGCUGUGACGAUGGCAGCUUUACUACCUUUCUUACAGGUGCUAUUGAUGCUCUAGGAGAUACGGUAUCCUAUCUUAUCUUGGGUCAAUUCCUUAUGUUGAUCAUGACUACCAGUUGGGUGUAUUCCACCUUCUUUUUCCAAGCUUUAUGUGCUGUAUUUGGUCCUGAAAACGACUCUGGUCAAAUAACUAAACCGAAAUUAAAGGCAGCCUACGGUCGACUUAAAUCUUGCUAUCGUUGUGAGUACGACAAUCCAGAUGGAUAUCAAUUCGUCAAAAAACCUGAUGGAACUCAAAUAAAACGGCCUGUGAAGGUGAUAUACGUCAAGUAACGCGUAUGAAACAAUUUCACAUAUUUUACUUAAUUAUUUGCUUACAUUUUUUUGGAUAGUUAACACCAAAAAUUGAAAAUAACGAAGUCUUCAUUCCAUUAUCUAAGAUAAUUUUUUUUGAAAAUACUACGAAAAUUUUCGCA